AUGUUUAUUUUAUCAAUUGUUUUUCAACAGAAUUCACUUCAUCAUUAUGAUUUCUGGACAUUGAAUAAUAGUUUACAUUCACCAAGGCGAACAAUUGAAGUAGACCAACUAGCAAAUUGCUACACUAAUUUAACAUCAAAACCAUUUUCAUGUUCAAUAUGUCAUCGAGGCUUUUGUCAAUCACGUUCAUUAGAAAAUCAUAAACCUUCAAACCAUCCAAUUAAAAAAGAUGAAACCGGUACAAAAUUCAAUGAUAAUCAUUCGACUAGAUUGAUUUAUACAACAGCUAAUAUUAUUCCUAUAAAUGACAUGAAUACUACUACUACUACUACUACUACUACUACUAAUAAUAAUAAUAAUAAUAAUAAUAAUAAUAGUAGUAGUAGUAGUAGUAGUGCUAGUACUAAUAUGAAUAUCUGUACUACAAAUUGUGACGUGAUCAACAUAAUAAGAAAUAAUAAGGCGGUAUAAAUACAAUUUAAAUAAUGUAUUCAACAAUUGUUUUCAUGGUUAAUAUUUUGGUUUGUUUUGUUUUAAUGAAUGAACAAAAUGAAAAGAAAAAUACUUUAUUCACUUUCUAAUGAAUGAUUCAUGUGUUAUUUAAUUCAUUUACAUUUUGAUUUAUUUUUCAUUUCGUUUAAAGAAAUAAAUAUAUUUUAUAAAAAG